UGCACAGAUAAACACUGUGAGCUCAUCAUGGAAACUCCACACCUGCAUGUAUGCUCAAGGAUCCUCGGACACUGAGUGAUCUCAUCAACAGUUCUUCUUCGAGCUUGAAGGAUCCGUGACAUCAUGUUUGCGUGUAAGGUGAUUGUGAGCGUACUCGCUCUGCUCUGCUGCUCUGUCAGAGCUCAUGAGGAGCUGGCUGUGGAGGAUUUGCUCGCUGAGCUUUCUGUGGGAGAGCUGAUCGAGAGAGCAAACACUAACCUCCGUCGUGACGCUGAUGAACCCACACUGGUUGAAGGAGACAUCGCUGUGUCUGAGGACAGCGAGCGAAACGCUGAUCCCUGCACAUCCAAAGGCUGCAUGUGGCCCAAAUCUACUGACGGAAAAGUUUACGUUCCCUACGUCAUCCUCAACCAAUACUCGAGCAGCGAGCGUCAGGUUAUCCAGCGUGGUCUGGACUCCUUCGCCUCCUUCUCCUGCAUCCGCUUCACCCCACGUUCAAACCAGAGGGACUACAUUAGCAUCGAGUCUCGCAACGGAUGCUACUCCUUUGUUGGACGUCGUGGUAACGCACAGACGGUGUCUCUGGCCCGUAGCGGCUGUGUCUACCACAAGACCGUCCAGCAUGAGCUUCUCCAUGCCCUGGGUUUCAAUCAUGAACAAACCCGCAGUGACCGUGACAGCUACAUCCGUGUCGCUUGGGAGAACAUUCAGAGCGGCAUGGAGCACAAUUUUAACAAGAUUGCCACCCUGAACCAGGGAACUCCUUAUGACUACAACUCUGUUAUGCAGUACCACAGAACUGCAUUCUCUAAGAAUGGCCAGCCCACCAUGAUCCCCGUACCAAACCCCAACGUGUCCUUUGGCCAGGCCACUCAGAUGAGCCAACAUGAUAUCAACAGGCUCAACAGACUGUACAAGUGCUAGACUGGACAGUGCUGCAGUGGUCCAUUUCCUGGUGGUCCCUCUCAACUGAUAAAACAAAUGUCUUUAAUCAAUAAAUAAAAUCAAUGACUUCAGAUCAA